GGGGGGGUGGGAAGUCAGCUUGAAUAGUAUCAACCACACACAGCACGGAAGUGAUGAAGAGUUAGUCGAGGUGCACAGAUCGAAACAAGGCUUCGAUUUGAAAAGACAGGUAUAAAGUUAGAUAUAAAGGAGGAUUGUACAGCUGUACUUCGGCACACGAAACUGUUCCCAUCAUGAGCCCGAACGUCUACUGGGUCAUGGUGCGUGUGUGCAUCGGGUCAGUGCUGCUUCUCACCGUUACCGCUGACGAUGAAUGUUUCAUUGAAACUAAAGUACCCAAAGGUACUUCUUAUGAAGCUGUCGUUGGAGGAGACCUUGAGAUUGAAUGCAAAGUUGAUUUCUGUGAAGAAGCCCCACCAACAGUCGACUGGUGGAAACGUGAGCAAACCGACGUCCCUGUCAAUGUCAGCGAAGGGAGUCGCAUUAAAACACUUACGGAAUUUAAUGGCUCUUUACACGGGAGAUCAGUUCUGAUCUUUCACGAUAUACGUCUAAAUGACUCUGGUGUGUAUCAGUGUAGAAGUGGAGACAGUAACAGUCAUAUCAUCAACGUCUCUGUCAAUGAAGAAUGUUUCAUUGAAACUAGAGUACCCAAAGGUACUUCUUAUGAAGCUGUCGUUGGAGGAGACCUUGAGAUUGAAUGCAAAGUUGAUUUCUGUGAAGAAGCCCCACCAACAGUCGACUGGUGGAAACGUGAGAAAACCGAAGUCCCUGUCAACAUCAGCGAAGGCAGUCGCAUUAAAACACGUUGGGAAUUUAAUGGCUCUUUACACGGGAGAUCAGUUCUGAUCUUUCACGAUAUACGUCUAAAGGACUCUGGUGUGUAUCAGUGUGAAAGUGGAGACAGUAACAGUCAUAAUAUCAACGUCUCUGUCAAUGUUGAUGAUGGACGUGGGCAUUCCAAUGUUACACAGAAAAAUGAGAGUAGCAUAAAUCCUGAACCCGAGGUAGCUUUAUGGAUGUACAUGUACGUUGUUGCUGGGAUCGUGCUGUUCGUCUCAAUCAUAUCCGUAGUAUCGAUGUGUUGGUGUCAAGGCGAAUCAAAGAAGGAGACGCAAACUGAAAUCCAGUACGUCGCAUUCCCAGCCAAGCAACCCAUACCACAUGCCGGCCUCCAUCCCUCACCAUGAAGAACUUCUUUUGUGCCACCAUCUCAAAGAUCUUAAGAAAUAACCUACAAAAAAUGCAAAUGAACUGCCAUUGUAACGAAGAAAACAAUCAUUUUAUUGUUGUUUUUAUAUAUCUUUUUUGUAUUAUGUCUUGUAAAUUGAACUGUUGGUGAACCUGCGAUCAAAGUAUUUCAUACAUUACAUAAUUGCACCGUAGUUGUGUAUAUGUUAUGACCACAAACCUUUUAAUCUCUCUUGAAGUCUGUGCUUUAAAACCAAUCAAAUCUGUAAAAACAAGUCACUUCAAGUUUUUGUCACCUGUAACUUAUAUCUGAUUCAGAGUGUUAUGGAUUUCGUUUAAACAAUGCUUGGCUUUAUUAUUAUAUUUUGUAUUAUCAUGGUAGAUCAUUCGGAAAUUAUUACUUUGCUUUUCAUUGCCUUAAAAUGUAUACUUUACAUUGACAAAAUACAUUUUGUAUCUUCACAAUGAUGUGUUUCCUGUCAUAAAUAAAUAUAUAUUGAA